GUUUUAUUAUACCUGACUUGUGACGAAUGUCUCCGGCCGACAGCCGUGUUGUAAAGAUGAUACACAUCCUUGUGUAUUUGUAUUGUACUAUAAGUGGCAUAUAUGUUACCUUGCUAUCAACAAUAGCCUAGGUAAAUAAGAAUAUACUCCUUAUUUAAAAAUCUUCGUAACAGUUUAUAUAUAUACCUAGGUAAAUGGACAAUAGAUGUCCCACCUGAACGAUCCGACAGAAUACCACGGCGUGGCGAUACGCUUAAAGCAGGGAUGAUUAGGACAAAACUUGGCAAACCAAUUAAUACUUGGACUGGACACCUGUUUCUUCAACGGUCAGUUUCAUAUUAUAGGUGUAGGACCUUCUAGGGAGAUUGAACGUCUUACCUGAGCUUCGUUAAGUGUAAUGUAUAAAGCCAGGUAAACACUGGAGAUAAUCAACAGAGAUACAGGUGAAAAGGCCGAUAAUUUCUACAGAACUCACUUGGUGAUUAGAAAGUAAAACAUUAUACUGACACUGAUUGAAUGUGCAAAUUUGUUUUGAUCUUCUCAUGAUUAAUUCUCUUAAUUUUACUGGGAAAUAACUCUUCGUCAGUCUAAAAUUUGAACUCCUGGCUGUUCUGACAUCUCACACAGAUGUAAUUGAGUAGUAACCGCUGAGUGACAGACAGGACAGACAGGCCUAACAUAGCAGUCCUACAAACAGUCUGGUGACCCAGACACAAAAACAGUAUGACUUCACACAGUUCUGAUGAAGAUGAUAUAACUAAGGUGGCAGAGCCAGGGGCUGGCUUUGACUCCCGAGGAGUGGGUCUCAAGAUCCAGAAGAAACUCCUUGGAAAAAUGUCAAGCAAGUCGAUCGCAAAACACUUUAUUGAUGACACCACAAGUAAAGUUUUAGAUGCAGCCUACAAAAUCAUCAAGGAAUAUUCGAACAAAAAAGACGCCGAGAAGAUGAUGAAAUAUCUCAUCAAAAUUGUCGUAAAAGUUGGAAUAUUGUAUCGAAAUGACCAAUUCAAUGCAGAAGAGCUGGCAAUGGCCGAUUCAUUCAAGAAAAAAUUCCAUUCAUUAUCUAUGACAGUCAUUAGUUUUCACGAAGUGGAGUUUACAUACGACUCAGUCUUUCUGAAGUCGAGCGUUGAAGAGUGCAGACAAAUGCUUCAGACUCUGAUAGAGCGUCAUUCAACAGACAAGACGAAAGGACGGGUAGACCAUGUGUUCCAUUCGUUUUGUGACGAGAGUCUAAUGGAUGUGAUUUUCGCACCUGAAGGAAAAUGCCGCGAUUUAAUGGAGAGUAUAGUGACAAAUUUACGAAAAAUGAUGGACGAAGGAAAUUUAUGAUAACUUCAUCACCCAAGUUAUCAUCACCCUGACUGAUCAAUACACGCUAGAGACUUCACCGUUUUACAAAAGAUUGUCUGCAAUCACCAAUUUCAUUUGUACAAAUGUAUACAAGAUAUAUGAAAUAGGUUUGUGUAUGAAUAGCAAAUAAUUGACCAUUCCAGGCACGGAAAUAAUAAAAACCGUGUAGAGCUUGAAAUAUACAUGAAUGACGCUCUCCCUUCCCAUCACUUAUGUCCCCCUCGUCUCUCUUUUUUGUGAGUUAUCUCCCUUUAUUUCAACAAGUAUUCUUUGGAUGUGUUCAUUGUCAUUUUCUAUGUCUCUCCAAGUAUAAUGUAUAACAAUUGUAGAGGUGUAGAUAUAUAUUGUGAAACUAAUUUUAUUGCUUAUUCCUAAUGUCAUUCACUAGCUAUUAAGAUAUGCAAAAUCCCAUGCUGUUUGAUCAAGUCUAUCAGAAAAUCGUGUUUAUUUCAUGUUUUGUAUUAUGACCAAGGUCAAGGUAUUUGGAUUCUAUUUAAAGAAACAUUGAUGUUUAAAUUGGCAGCAUCAUCCAGAAAUUUUAUGAAAUCAAUAUAGUGAAUAUCAUGAAUGCUUUCAAAUUAACUCAAUUUGUUUUUAAUUCAUAUUACAUUUAUGCAAUAAAAAACAAUGAUUUUGAAUUAAUGCUUUCAAUACUGUCAGACAAAAACAGAAAUCGAUAUUUGUGGUGCCGAGGAUCGAGCCCUUCAUUUUGAGUUAUUUAUGAGUGUCUCUGACUAUACAUGUUUCCAUAAACACACAAUGUGUUUGUUUGUCAUCAGUAGAUACAUAAUGCAGUAAAAUAAAAUACACUAAAUUCUUUGCAUGAUAAUUCAAACAUUAAAAGCAAUUUUCAAUAAAUGUUGCUGUGGUGGAUUUAAAUGGGAAAUAAAUCAUACCAACAUUUUCAAAAAAGUAGUUAAGGAACCCCGUACCACUGCCAAAAACUGUAACUACACAGUGAAACUGAUUUCCAGUCAUUCCAAUAGUUAUGAUAAAACAUUUCUGAAAAGAAAACCAUACCUUGCGGAAAUUUGAUGAAAAAUGAUAUAGAGAUAGAUUUAACAAAAGUACUCAAUAACAGUUUCAGAGUAUAAAUAAAGUAUGUGGCCAAUCAGGAGUCGAACCUUAAUCGACUUCAGAUUGUUAUACUGUCGCUCAAACUGACUGAGUUACACGGUCAACAGGAAGUGCUCUGGCCCAGCAGUAUUACAGUUAUCGACAAAACGAAAUUAAGGGGAGGUUACUCUAUACAUGAAAAACCAGAGUGCAGUGGGACGGAUCCUUAAAUGAUAGCAAUCUGGCCAUUCACUGCACGCACAUUUUGUACCCCCUGUCAAAAUAUGAUCCUCAGUGUGCCUUGUGUAUCAUUUUCCUAGAUGAGUUGGACACUGUGAGACCUGUAUUCAAUCUUUUAUGUGUGGUGAUGAUUGGUACUUAACUAUUGAUUGACUGCACAUUUAGAAUGAAUACAAGAAUGCAUGAAACUAUAAAAUUAAGUAAAAGAGUGCUAUAGAGAAGGGCAGAUAACUCUAAUUCAAAUUACAAAUAUAAUGUGUAAUGUAGCAUGUAUCCUUAAUGAAAUGACUUUUAAGGCUCCAAAAGCUCUUGGCCUCUGUCCACGUCAGGGAUUGACAAUUAUGUAGCCAUAUUUUGUAAUGAUUAGCUUGUAUUUUUUUUCUUUUCAUUUUUUUUUUUUUUUCAUGUCAUAUAAUUAUGUAAGUAAAGGAAAUCAAGUACUUCAAACAUGUAACUGGUUUGCCAUGUUUGUACUUUCUUUAAAUGUAUUUAUGACACAAAUUCAGAUCUGAAAAUAAGUGACUAGUGCACAAUCAAGUGGAUUAAGUCAAUUCCAUUGUUGCCUUAUUUUAAAAGAAUUUUAUUUUGUCUAGGCUCCCAAGUGCUUUAAACUUUCUGUAAAAAAAAACACCCAAUGCAAAUUCAAAUUGAAAUGAAAAGUUUUGAUAUUGUUCCAUUAUCUGUAGACUGGUAUAGUAAUAUCAUUUAUCUCUGAGGGUGAUUUUUAUUACCGUCUUCAGACCAGAUAUAAACUCCUACCCGAGGGUAUUGCUGUAAAAUCUCGUGUAAUUUUACACAUUAUCUAGUUGAAAGUAUAAGUCAAUGUUACGGUUGUGUUAAACAUCUAUUGGUACGACUAUUUAACAACAAUUUAACCUUGAAACCAGGUAUUUUCCAGCAAAUUUUGCUACGGAAUAAGGUAUAUCAAGCAAUUUUACCUAAAGUAAAAUGUUUUUCCUUCAAUUUUGCUUCAGAAUAAUUACCAUAUUACAAAAAGGAUUUUACCUCAGAAUAAGGCAUAUUCUAAUAAGUUUUUCUUUAGAAUCAGGUGUUUUCCGGUAACUUCACCUGAGAUUAAAGGUAUUUUCAGUCAUUUUACUCUUGAGUUCUAUACCUGCCUUAUACGUGUAUGUGCAAUGAUAUACGUGGGAUUUUAUGGACAGCCUAUAUAUAGGGUAGAAGUGGUCUACAGUGGUGUUACGUUACAGUGUACAGGGUGAUAAUUACUGUUCUAUGAAAUAUAACAACGAUAUAUGGCAGUCACAAUAUUGGCUUGAUGUAACAUUUACAGACAUUUUGUAUCAUUGGUCUGCAGGGUUUUUGUCUAAAUAGAAUUGUCAUUUGUAUUAUUUUCAGCAUGUUCUACAAAGUCCUUCUCUUUGCUGAUAUUAUCGUAGACUUUUCUGUUUUUACUCCAGUGUGAUCAAAUAUUGCUUUUGUGCUGACAUAAUUGUCAUUAAUUCCUCAAAGAAUGUCAAAUUGUGGAGAGUUUAAAAGAGGUUGGUCUGGGUUUUAAGACCAGAUCAAGAACAAAUGUUAUCUAUUAACUGGCAAUAAAACCACAGGUUUAAUUAAGUAUGGUUUGACAGCCAUGGGUAUAGCUGGCUAUUCAAUGUUAUAUUAUCUCUGUAUGAUAUGUGGCAGAUCCUUCGGAGAUCAUUUUACAAAAAAGAAACAAUCAUUUGUUAUACACACAAAAUUGUUAUUUCCAAUUUUAACAAUGUUUAAGGAAAUUGAUGAAAAACUAUUUGCUACUCAAAGGGGAAUAACUCCUGUACAUACAAGCACAAAUAUCUACUGCUAUUAUUUCUUAAAUAAAUUAUCCUCAUUUAUGUCAUCUUUACUUAAGUAUUACGUCUUUUGUAGAAUAGUUUUCCUUUUAAUCAAACUACAAAUUGAAAAUGCUUACUGUACACAGCAAGAACAAGAAACCUUAUAUAAAAUAUCCCGUUUUUUAUACAUGUACAAGUUAGAACACUUUCUCAUACUUAUAUUCCAUGCAAUAUGUAAUAUAUUUACACACUGUAUAUGUAAAAUUAAUUCGACUUUUCUGUUCUGUUAAUUUCUUGAGUGAUAUUAAAUGUACCUGGUAUUGUUUCAUUUGAAAGUUACACACAUCAGAAACCUGUAAUCGUUUAACUUGUACUACCAGUAAUAUCACAAGAAUCUCAAAACGUUUUGAAGUUUUAUUUUUGUUCAAGAUGAUGAAAAUGGUUCGAUAAAUAUAAUGGGAACAGCCAGGUAGUCAGAUAGAUGUUGUAAAACACCUCAUGUCAUGGCUUGCCAGACCUUUGAUGACUGAUUUACAACCAAAAAAGUUGUUUCCAGUAUACAGCUUAUUUUAUAGUAGUCUUGAUUGUCCUGUUUUUGUCACAUGACAGUGGUGAUCAACAUAUUUCUGUCAUAUCAUGUUAUCGGGGAUUUUCAGAACACUUAUAAUUUACAUCCAUCCUUUAGGUCAUGUUGUUGUAUUGUUUUGAUAGAGAGGAAUCUUUUUUUACCUAUGAAUAACUGGAUGAAAGUUUGUUAAAAAUCAAAUUGUAACGACAAAAAGAAUAUGUGUGAGUGUUCAUUUGAUCAAUCCUGAUAUAAAAAGUCCUUAGUUCAACCUGGCCGGGAACAUUUUGGUUUCUGUUUAAAUUUUUCUCAGAGCAUCUAAAUUCUGAAAAAAAAAAAUCUGUAAAAAACAUUGGAAGUUGUGAUUUGAACACAUCUGUAAAAAAUGACAAACUAACAUUUUAUAUUAGUGGCAUCAUUAAUUUUGGCCCGAUGGAACUCUUCACCUGGACAUACCAUAUUUAUCCCGCAAAAAACCCCAAGGAGGGCAACAUGUAAUCUCUUACUCCAAGUAAGGGUGGGCUUAUUGCAAGACAGUAAAAUAUAUAAUUUGUCAGUGUUUCUUUUUUAGUCUUUUUUACAGGGGUGGGCUUAUUACCAGGCAUGGGCUUAUUUCCGAAUAAAUACAGUAUGCUAUUGGUCAGCUUACAAAACAUAUUAAAUCUGUGGGAAAACUAUGUUUUGUGGCAGUUUGUAUGCAUGAGAACUUACUCCAGCUGUGUCAUCAUGGCACAUUCAUGCUGUAGACGAGUUUGUUAAAAAAAAAAAGAAAUGUUAUUAUCUCAUUUUUUUGCUGUAAUAGGUAAUGAUGGAGAUGUGCAAUUUAUUAAUACAAUAUAGUGUGUAGUGUUUCUUACAGACCAAGUUUAAUGUGAAAUGUUAAUACAGACAAUUUAGGAUAUAAGGUAAAAUCUUUUUCGAUACACAUGUAUAUGCAUGGUUAUGUAAAAAGUGAUCAACUAAAUACCUGAAGUUUAGGGGUUGGCAAUAAUAUUGCAAUAUUUGUCUAGCAAUAUAUAUAUAUAUAUUGUAGUAGGAUUUUGAAAUGGCAGUAUAUUGCAUUAUUUCUUCAGCUAAUUAUUUGAAAUAACUUGACAGAAUUUUUGUUCAGAUCAAUAUUAUCCAAACCAUGUUUAUUUGGUGUGAUAAAUUAGAAAACGAUAUGAAACAGUAUUCAAUUAACAUUAAAGCUUGCUGAACUGCAUGCUCAACUCUUGUAUUUUCUAUAUAAAACCAUUAUAAACACACUGCAUUUCAAAAAGUACAAAUAUGUUGUGCUAAUGAUAAGUGCUUACAAUACCCAACCCUAUCGGAGGUUCACAGUGUGGUGAUAGACAAGUCAGAAUUUAAUCAAAUCAGGAAUCAGUCACAGAUCAUUAAGAUUGGUUCUUGAAUUAAUUUGAUAAACCUGUUCAGUUGUGGUAGAGUUUUUUAUACACUUCAAAAGUAUGUGCCGAUACAUAGAUAGAAGUUGAACAUGGCAAUAUUUAUUGUUUAGAUAUUAUGUUUACAGAAAAUUUGAAAUAAUUUCUUCCACAAUAAUAAUAUUUUAAGUUGAGUCUGGAUUAUCAAAUUACACCAUAGCACAGCUGUUCAUGGAACAGCAUUGUCUGUUAUUGUAUUUUGUCCGAAAUCAACCCAUAAUUGUCAAAAGGUGGAGAUGAACCAAAUAUAUUGUGUAUCUGUAUACAUGAUGAUUGAUUUGACUUAAAUAUUAUAAUUAUCUAAAUACAAGCCCCUGGCAGACUUCA